UAAAGAUGGCGACUCCUGUAGCUGGAGAGGGGCAGCAGGGUCUAAAUGGGAUUAUUUCUGAUGCACAAGCAAAAAAACUCACCGACCUGCCGACAGAGUUGCUCGAACACAUCCUGUGCUUUCCUGCCCUCAAACAUGUCGACAUUUGCAACGUGUCCUGCUGCUGCAAAAGGCUGCACGACGUCUGCCAUGCAAGGGGGAAGGUCUGGGGACACCAGUAUAAACUAAGAUGGCCAAGACUGCAGAUGUUUUACCGUCAGAAUGAGUGCUGUGACUGGCUCAGAGAAUACAAAACGCGCCAUAGAGUUGGUAUACAGAUAAGAAGGACCGUGGAGUCAAUCUCAAAGAGGUUCUUCACAGAAGUCCCUUGCGUAGGCCAGGUGCUGGGAGACAGCUUUGCGGAGAUCGAGUCACUGGGGAUGCCAGAGCACUUCUGCGAAGACGAGCUCCUCUUCAUCCUCAACUCUGACACGAGGAAAAGCUUGACCUUGAAGUACUAUGCAAAGAAAAUCCUUUACUUCCUGAGACAACAGAACAUCCUGAGGAGCUUGAAGACUUUCCUGGAGCAACCUGCAGAGCAGCAGUCAUCUCUAGAGGGUGCUGUUCUGGUGGAUCAGUACUGUAACCCGCUGGCUGAAGUAACACUGAACAGCACAUCGGCCCAGCUGGAUGAGAUCGCAGAAAAAGUGAAGAAGAUGCUGAGAAUCAAGAACCCCUCUCACCCCAGCCUGCGUGUCGCUCAAGGCGACUGUUUUGUCGUAGAGGACUUUGAGCUCCAGCGGCAGGUGGUGACCGCCCUGAACUCUGUCUUGUACGAGCAGCUUCAAUACAAAGGCAACGAGUUUGACUACUACAACCCUCUCAACUCUUACAUCCACCAGGUGCUACUACGCCGUACAGGCAUUCCCAUAAGCCUCUCUGUCCUCUACAUGACGUUAGCCCGGAAGCUGGGGGUUCAGGUGGAACCGGUCAACUUUCCCAAUCACUUCCUGCUGCGUUGGUGCCAAAAACCAAGAGGGAGUGAGGACAUCUAUGACUUUGUCUACAUUGACGCCUUUGGUAAAGGCAAACAGCUGACGGCCAAGGAGUGUGAGUACCUCAUUGGCCACCAGGUGACGGCAGAUUACUACAGCGCCAUCAGCACCACCGAGGUGCUGCUCAGGAUGGUGGGAAACCUGCUCAACAUCGGCAAAAGAGGGGAGGGCAACGAGAAAUCCUACCAGCUGCUGAGAGACUCUCUGGACCUCUACCUCACUAUAAACCCAGAUAACGUGCAGUACCUGCUGCUUCAGGCGCGCCUCUACUUCCAUCUGGGCAUCUGGCCAGAAAAGGUGCUAGACAUCCUGCAGCACAUCCAGGCGUUGGACCCGUCCCAGCACGGGGCGGUGGGUUACCUGGUGCAGCACACGCUGGAGCACAUCCAGCACAAGAAACAUCCCGUUACACCCGAGGUGAAGAAGCGCAGCGCUCCAGAUCACCUGGAGGUCCAGUAUUCAGUCGGCCUCAUCAUGAAACACAAGAGGUCAGGAUAUAACUGUGUGGUCUACGGCUGGGACCCAAAGUGCACCAUGAGCCAGGAGUGGAUCACCACCAUGAGGGUCCACCAGCUGUCCAACGGGGCCAACCAGCCGUUCUACAACGUCCUCGUACAGGACGGAACAUGUCGCUACGCAGCACAAGAGAACCUGGAGCCCCACUCGGCGCCCCUGGAGAUCGGCCACCCUGAGGUGGGACGUUACUUCUCUGAGUUUGCCAACACACACUAUUUUGCCAACGAAGAACUGCAGACGCGAUACCCGGAGGACAUGGUGGAAACUUUGGGCACGGUGCAGGAGCUUUACCACAGACUGUCACCUGGCCUUGGGAACCAGGACCAGGCUUCAGCCACGGACCAAAACAACCACCGAGCCACGCCCAUGUAGCAGAGUAGCUGUGUCAAACCCGGGCUAACCGAUCGCUGGUCACCCAUUCUCAAUUCACAGUCCACUUAGCUGGUGGUUUGGUACACAUACUCUAGACCAGAAUGUGUGUAACGGAGCUUUUAUUUUGUAAAAAAAAAAACACAAAACGGAUGAAUGGAUGUAAAUUAUUCACUAAUAUGAUUUUGUACCACAGUCAGGCUACUGUGCAGAUCAGGAAAUAAAUAUCUGAAAAGUGUUGGAAAAAGCCCCAAAACUCUGGAAACACGUCUUAUACCACAGUGUAUUUGUUGUGAAAACAAAUAUGGAGCUAUAGAGUGGAGGAUGUUCAUAGACUUGACGUACACAGUUAAGUGGACGAGUAAAUUCAGGAUGGGUAUCCAGGAAUUGUAAAUCUUCCUUUACCUAAAACCAAGGAAUGCUCCUUUACCCAGAGCUCCCCAACUACAACUCCCUCCUGCAUCCAGCACCAGUCCAAUAAGCCCCCAGCAUAUAGUCCCCCCCCUCCCAGUUACAGUGCCACACAAAAGACUUUACAGAAAAUACUUUGUAAAUUAACUUCCCCAUCUUUUAAUCACUUUUCAUGCACUAACGAAAGUUUAACUUUCACAUUUGUAGAUAUCUUGUUUUGGGUUUUUUCCUGUACAUUUACAAGUGAAACAUGUAGGAUGUCAUGGCUCACUAGUGUUGUUGAGCUGUUAAUGGAGAAACUAAAGAAGAACCAAUAACGUCACAAUUGACUUGAAACAUAUGUGAGUCUCAGCUAUGAGGAA